AUUUUAUUAAGAGAAAAGGUCACACCUCUUCUUCUUCAACUUGAAAGCGUCUGUUGAAAGAGUACCUUUCGAACACCCCACCGCCGCAUAUGAGUAGCGUUUCUGGAAACAUGAAUGGGUCAACAAUUCCAAUAGUUGAAGGUGUAGAGAAAUUGAGGAACAAUAUUGAUGUGAAUAUUGUGCAAAAUGGAGAAGAGACUGUUGUUGAUUAUAUACCACACUUGGAAAUGGAGUUUGAAUCUGAGGCAGUGGCAUAUGAAUUUUAUAAUAAGUAUAGUAGGAGAAUUGGGUUCGGUAUUCGUCGAGAAUAUGGAAAUAAAAGCAAAAAAGAUGGAAUUCUGACUUCAAGAAGAUUCACGUGCUUUAAAGAGGGUAAACGGGUGUUGACAAACGAGACCAUUUGACAAAAGAGGGGAGAGUGGAAACCAGAACGGGAUGUGAUGCACGUAUGGUUAUUUCACUUGAUCGAAAGAUUGGUAAGUACAAGGUUGUUGACUUUGUAGCUCAACAUAAUCAUCUUCUUGAACCGCCAGGGUAUUUUCAUACUCCUCGCUCCCAUCGACAAAUAUCUGAGUCACGAGCAUGUCAAGUUGUAGUGGCUGACGAAUCUGGAUUAAAACGAAAAGAUUUUCAGGAAUAUGUGUACAAGCAAGAUGGUGGGAUAGAUGAUGUUGGUUAUCUUCAAACUAGAAGGAUGAGGUCACUAAUGUAUGGUGAAGUGGGUGCGUUGUUGAUGCAUUUCAAACGGCAACGUGAAAAUCCUUCAUUCUAUUAUGACUUCCAAAUGGAUGUUGAAGAGCAAAUAACAAAUGUAUUUUGGGCGGAUGCACAAAUGAUAAACGAGUAUGGAUGCUUCGGUGAUGUCGUCACUUUGGACACAACAUACAUGACAAAUAAGGAUUAUCGUCCGUUGGGAGUAUUUGUUGGACUAAAUAAUCACAAGCAGAUGGUUGUUUUUGGUGCAACAUUGCUAUAUGAUGAAACAAUCCCUUCUUUUCAAUGGUUAUUUGAAACUUUUCUCAAAGCAAUGGGUGGAGAAAAGCCUAAAACCCUUCUAACUGAUCAAGAUGAAGCAAUGGCUAAGGCUAUUUCUGUAGUUAUGCCGGAAACAUUUCAUGGGUUGUGCACUUGGCGUAUAAGAGAAAAUGCACAGACACAUGUGAACCAUCUUUAUCAAAAGAGUUCAAAAUUCUGCUCAGAUUUUGAAGCAUGCAUUGAUCUACAUGAAGAGGAAGGUGAAUUUUUGAACGCAUGGAAUGUUUUACUUGUUGAACAUAAUGUUUCUGAAGAUUCAUGGCUCCGUAUGAUUUUUCAAUUAAAGGAAAAAUGGGCAUGGGCGUAUGUUCGAAAACAUUUCACUGCAGGUAUGAGAUCUACUCAAUUAAGUGAGAGUUUUAAUGCUGAGUUGAAAAAUUAUUUGAAGUCAGAUUUAAAUUUAGUUCAAUUUUUCUCACACUUUGGAAGGAUUGUCCAUGGAAUACGGAACAAUGAAUCAGAAGCCGAUUAUGAGUCAAGACACGAGUUGCCUAAAUUGAAAAUGAAAAGGGCUCCUAUGCUUGUACAAGCCGGAAACAUUUACACUCCAAAAACCUUUGAGGAAUUUCAAGAAGAAUAUGAGGAAUAUCUAGGCACUUGCGUAAAGAAUUUGAAAGAAGGGUUGUAUGUUGUUACAAAUUAUGAUAAUAAUAAGGAGCGGAUGGUAAUAGGGAAUCUUAUGGAUCAAAAGGUUGCUUGUGAUUGUCGUAAAUUUGAGACACACGGCAUCUUAUGCAGUCAUGCUUUGAAAGUAUUAGAUGUUAUGAAUAUUAAGCUGAUUCCUCAACACUAUAUACUGAAGCGAUGGACAAGAGAUGCAAGAUUGGGAGGUAAUCAUGAUUUGAAAGGGCAGCAUAUUGAACUGGAUACAAAAGCUCAUUUCAUGAGGCGAUACAAUGAUUUAUGUCCUCAAAUGUUUAAAUUGAUCAACAAAGCAUCAAAAUCUCAUGAAACUUACACAUUUUUGUCCAAAGUUUUUGAAGAGUCUGAUAAAAUAAUUGAUGAUAUGUUGGCUAAAAAGUUUGUGGGCGUAGAAUCACUUGAGAUGUCUCAUGUAUCCAUACCCGUUGCCAUGAAAAAAAUUGACAACAAUGUCCACACUCUGGAUGUCGGUGGGGAGCAGGGUAUAAAGAAAGCUAGAUUGCUCAAAUAAUGCUAAAAAAAGGGUUGGACGUAAUCCAGUUGUCCCAGUGUCAUUUACUCAGGUCAUAACAUCAAAAAGCAGCAUAAAAUGACCAUCACAUCCUGAGUGGAUGGUGAUUGGACCUAAUUCUAUUGAAGAGUUCAAGUUUCUCUUAGAUCCUACCCAAGAAAUGUUCUCCCCACAACAUUACAAUCUCUCACUUUUCUUUCUUGUGAGAAUCUAGAAUUCUUACCUCAUGAAUCCUUACCAUAUUACACUUCACUUGAGAAAUUGCAAAUAUUCAAUAUCUGUGAUUCAUUGACAUCCUCUCAGCUAGUUCUCUCCCAGUCGUCAAAAGUCUUUUCAUCUCAGGUUGUAAAAAUCUAAAAGCUUUUUCUUUUUCAGAAGAGGUGUCAGCCGUCACAUAGUCAUCCCUUUCUUCAAAGUUUAUCCAUAUAUGCUUGUCCUAAUCUUCAGUCAUUUCCACUUCAUAGACUAAAUGCUCACCAAUUCACGGUCUAUCUAGCCUUUAUCAAUUGAGUGUGUAUGGACGUCCAAAACUGCAGGCUUUUGCACAAGAAAAUUUACAAUGAAUUUAAGAUACUUGAAGUGUCCUAUUUUGGGAGUGUCUACUUCAGCUAUCACUAGGUGGGGUUUGCAUUCCCUUGUCUUGCAGAGUUGCGAAUUUGAGGUGAUGGUCGUAUGGAUUCCCUGAUGAACAUUGGAGAGUCAUUGCUUCCGACUUCUCUCGUAUAGAUACACAUCUCCCAUCUUUAUUAUUUAAAAUGCUUAAAAGGGAAGUGGCUUCAGCGUCUCACAUCUCUCGAAAACCUUGAGAUUUCAGAUUGUCGCCGGCUUAAAUCCUUACCGGACGAAAGACUGCCUUCCUCGCUUUCAGUAGUGACUAUCAAGUGAUGCUCUUACUACAACCAAGCUGUCAGGGCAAGGAGGGAAAGAGUGGCAUAAGAUUGCACAUACUCCAUGCUUUUACUACAAAGUGAUAAAUGAAUCUUCAGUUUCUCUUUCCAGGUUACAGUGGAGUUUGAAUCUUUUGUGCUGUCUGCUCUCACACACUUCAGCAAUUCUGCAAGAAAUUCUAGUGAUGGCCGGUGAUUUGAAUGAGGGAGUUUUGCCUAAUAAGCGAAGGACCGCACUUGAGGAGUUUGUGGACAGGCCCAAAAAAAGAGGAGUCUGUGAAAGGAAGCAUGUAAGAAUUAAGUGACUUAGCAAGAAGUUUCUAGAAUUCUGAGCUGGCAGCAAGCUUUGAUGAGAAUUAGUUAUAUUAAGGGAAUAAAGCGGUGUAAGAGAAUCAUCUUGGAAUUCUGCUGUUAUGGAAAGAGAGCAUUCUCUUUGGAGCCACUUGGCUAGGCUAGUAGUAUCCCUCUGCUAUAUUUUGUUUUCUUUCUUUUCAGUUUUGCUGUAACUACCUCCUCUAGUAUUCAACAAAAUUUCAUUUUAGUCUUUCUCAAUCUUGAUCUCAUCAGCUGGUCAUCCUGUGUCUUCUGAGAUGUUGUUGAGUUCAGAUUCUGCUAUUAAAUUGUGGAAGGUUUUUAAUUGACAGGAUUGAGUAGAGAAAGGUUUUAGAAUGAUGAUGUGUUAUGAAUUUCAUAUCUAAAUGUUGAUGCUUCUGAUUUUUAUUUAGUUUCAUUCAUUAUGUAUCUCAAGUUUUAUGUUGUUUGUCACACUAAAUAUGAUGUCAAUAUAAGUUCUAGCUGGUUAAAAUGAA